AUUUUGUUUCAAAUCACGGCUUGGGCGAACCAGCCCAACAUUACAAUUCCCACUACUCACUACAUAUCUUCUGCACUCAUUCUUCUUGAGCACUAAAAAUGGUGUCUUUAAGUCUAACCUCCAGCAACACCAUGCCAAUAACUCGUCAAGCUUUAUCUAUAUUCGCUUACCCUUUUCGUAAAUACACAAUACCCACAAUUUCAUUUUCCCAUUUCCCACCAAAACGACAUCGUUCUUUCUGCCAGUAUACUCAUAGUUUGUCUGCUGUUUCUGACCCGAAUCCAAGAAAUCGGAGCCCCGAAGCUAUUGCCUUGGAGUACUCUGACCUUAAUCUUCCACACAGCACUUCUGAGGAAGUUGGUCCCGUUAGGAUCCGUCAACAUGUUAACCCUCUGAGCGCAUAUUUUUCGACUCCUGUGGAAGUGCCCAACUGGAAUGAGGUGUAUGAAGAUACGAAAUUACCACUAAUGGUGGAUAUAGGAAGUGGCAGCGGUAGAUUUCUUAUGUGGCUUGCUAAAAGAAAUCUGCAUUCCAAGAAUUAUCUAGGAUUGGAAAUACGAAAGAAGUUAGCAUUGCGUGCUGAAGAUUGGGCAAAGGAGCAAAGUCUUAGGAAUCUGCAUUACAUGUUUGCAAAUGCCACAAUUUCCUUUAAGCAGCUUAUUUCGGCAUACCCUGGACCCCUAAUGUUAGUUUCCAUACUGUGUCCAGAUCCUCAUUUCAAAAAGAAACAUCAUAAAAGAAGGGUACUGCAAAAGCCUCUAGUUGAUUCCAUUGUAAAUUGUUUAGCCCCUGGUGGACAGGUUUUUAUUCAAUCUGAUGUACUUGAAGUGGCACUUGAUAUGAGGAAUCAUUUUGAUGCUGAGCCGGAUAUUCUUGCACAUGUUAGCAACAUUGAUGCUAGUAUUGCAUGUGAUGAUGAAGGUUGGUUAUUAAGAAAUCCAAUGGGGAUUAGGACGGAGAGAGAGAUACAUGCUGAACUAGAAGGUGCAAAAAUUUACCGAAGGAUGUAUCAGAAGCGGAAAUAAUUUACAGUUAUACCUCCUUUUAGUGUGUUACUUAUUAGAAUUAGGAAUGAGGGCAUCAGAUAGUUUCUUUGUCGCUCUAAGACUUGCUCUUCAGCUUUCUUUAGGGGAGCCCUUCUCAUGCAUACUGUCCAUGUGCAACUAUUUUGAACCAGCAAUGCAUCAUAUGCUUGCGUCUAGUUCUUACUGAGCUAUACCGUCUUCUGGAGUAUUGCAGUCCUUGUGCGACAUAUCUGUAUGUAUUUUGGUUUUGAUAUUGCAGAUAUCUUUAGUCCUAUAUUACUUAUUCUUAAGAUUGUAAAUGUGAAUUGAUUAACCUUUUGAAAGAAGGGGAGGAUAUAGUUUUGCAUUA